CAGAUGUAACACAGAAAUGUCAUCCUGGUUUGCACACACCAGUUCCUGCUGGCUUUUACCUGAAUGAUGUGUGGACAUCUUUGUUGUGUAGCACCCGUCGUUUUAAUACCCAAACAACAACACAGUGCCUGAAAGACAAACACAUCUUUAUGAUUGGAGACUCGACCCUAAGACAGUGGUUUGAGUUACUGGUGAAAGUUGUACCAACUUUGAAGCAGAUGAACCUGCAUGUUAUACAUCAGACAGGUCCACUUAUAGCAGUGGAUGUGGAGAACAACAUUGACUUACACUGGAGGUCUCACGGUGUCCCUCUACGAAGUCAUAAAACUGAAGUUACUAAUCUGCACUACAUCAGUAAUGAGAUUGAUGAUCUGACUGGAGGACCUCAUACUGUGUUUGUUUUUCACCUGGGGAUGCACUUUGCGACAUUUCCUCUAGAUUAUUUCACCAAAAGAGUGCUGAGGAUCCGCAAAGCGGUAUUAGAUUUGUUACAGCGAGCACCAGCAACAACUGUUAUAAUCAAGACUGCCAACACUGGCUUUAAGGAUGUGUUUGGCAGUGACUGGUAUGCUCUGCAGUUGGACACAAUUCUACGGUGGGCUUUUCAGGAUGUUGGUGUUUAUAUUAUAGAUGUGUGGCAAAUGACAGCCUGUCACUACAACAAAGAGAACAUUCAUCCACGUAAAGUUAUCCUCAAAAAUGAGAUAGACAUUUUACUUUCUUUUAUUUGUCCUGCAUGAACUUUUUAAAAGAAAUGACAAAGUCAAAGGAUAUCAUGUUUUGUACUUUAUUUUCUAAAAUGUGAAAAACAAUUAUUAAUAUUU